GGAGGCGCGCACCAUGAACUCGUGGGACGCGGGCCUGGCGGGGCUGCUGGUGGGCACGAUCGGCGUGUCGCUGCUGUCCAACGGGCUGGUGCUGCUCUGCCUCCUGCACAGCGCUGACAUCCGCCGCCAGGCGCCCGCGCUCUUCACCCUCAACCUCACGUGUGGCAACCUGCUGUGCACCGUGGUCAACAUGCCCCUCACGCUGGCUGGCGUCGUGGCACAGCGGCAACCGGCCGGGGAUCGCCUGUGCCGACUGGCCGCCUUCCUCGACACCUUCUUGGCUGCCAACUCAAUGCUCAGCAUGGCUGCACUCAGCAUCGACCGCUGGGUGGCUGUGGUCUUCCCGCUAAGCUACCGUGCCAAGAUGCGCCUCCGCGAUGCCGCGUUCAUGGUGGCCUACACGUGGCUGCACGCGCUCACCUUCCCGGCCACUGCGCUCGCCCUGUCCUGGCUCGGCUUCCACCAGCUGUAUGCCUCGUGUACCUUGUGCAGCCGGCGGCCCGAGGAGCGCCUGCGCUUUGCUGUCUUCACCAGCGCCUUCCAUGCGCUCAGCUUCCUGCUCUCCUUCAUCGUACUCUGCUUCACGUACCUCAAGGUGCUCAAGGUGGCCCGCUUCCAUUGCAAGCGCAUCGACGUGAUCACCAUGCAGACACUCGUGCUUUUAGUGGACAUCCACCCCAGUGUGAGGGAACGAUGUCUGGAGGAACAGAAGCGGAGGCGACAGCGUGCCACCAAAAAGAUCAGCACCUUCAUAGGGACCUUCCUCGUGUGCUUUGCUCCCUACGUGAUUACCAGGCUGGUGGAGCUCUUCUCCACAGCACCCAUCGGCUCCCACUGGGGCGUGCUGUCCAAGUGCUUGGCCUACAGCAAGGCCGCAUCUGACCCCUUCGUGUACUCCUUGCUGCGACACCAAUACCGUCGGAGCUGCAAGGAGCUUCUGAACAGGAUCUUCAACAGACGCUCCAUCCACUCCCGCUCCGUGGGUCUCACAGGUGACUCUCACAGCCAGAACAUUCUGCCGGUGUCGGAAUGAAGGACCGCUCUCCUGCUGGGGCGUUCAGGACGAGAGGACAGAGCAAAGGGAGGUGGGCUGGUCUCCUGGGUGGACAUUAACUGCCGCCAUUGCCUGGUGAUUGCAGUGAUGUUGAUGUCUGAACAAGUUCCGGGGCCCGCUUCUUGGCUUUUCCAGGGAAGAUGUCAGACUGUUCCAUCACCAAAGGAUGGCCAUGAGCCAAGUCCUGGUCUUUCUUUCUGGGAGUGUAUUUUGAACAUUUAGACUCACCAAAGGCCUCCCAAAGGAUGGUAGGCUAGUCACUGUCAAGGACACAGAGUGUUGGUGGCGGGUGUAGGGUAUGGCACACUUCUGUUUGCUAGCUACUGGUCAUGGGGCUCCAUGCUCCAAGGGACAUUUCAGUAAGGCUGGCUGUGACCCUCUGGCCCAUAUCUAAUCUGGCAUCUUUUUUCCAUUUGGUAGUGGUGGCUGCUGUAGCCCAAAUAUUAUCCAGCUGGUGCCAACUACAGUUGGCUCAGCUGACACCCUUGGGCUCUGCGCUCAAUGGAAAAGUGUUUAACAACCAGUUUGCUGCCCGCCAGUUGUAGAAGGAAUGGGAAUUUGGAUUCAACUUCUGCCCCUCUUCCAUCAAACAAGCUAAUGUUUGCGUGUAUUGACAAUCUUAGCAUGAAAGUGGUCUCAAUAGACAGGUAAUAGAUAACGCUAGAGUCUCUGAAAUCUGAGAAGGAAGUCACUUUCUUCUGAUUUGCAUGCCAUAGUUUUGAGAGCCCGGUAAAGCAGGAAGAAGGUGUCUGGUCUAUCCUACCACCCCACCUGGGGUCUAAGCUGGUAGGAAGGACUCUCUCUAGUCUUAGACAUCUUGCCCAUCAUCUCCUGUGAGGUGGAUGCCCAGGAGCUGACCUGAACAGGGACGCAGUCUUUGUUUUCAGAUCCUGGGUUCCACUUUCCUGGUGGCUCAUUACCCUCACUCUGCAAUUCUGUCCUGGGAAAGCAGGGACGGUCCAAGGUCACCACAAAAGUGCUUUGUGGCGCUGACAAGAGAGUGCAAUUAGUAUAGAAUGUUCUUCCAAUAAUAUACAAGCCGAUCUGUUGGGAACCAUUGUCUUGGUCUCAUUAAAAUCUAAGAUAAGGACUGGAAAAAUAGCUUAGCCAGUAAUGUGCUUACUAUACAAACAUAAAGCCCCGAGUCUGACCCAAGAGUCCACACUGAAGGCAAACUGGCCAUGGUGGCAUGCACCUGUAAUCCUAGCCCUGGAGAAGGAAAGAGGUCGCUCCCCAGGGCUCACUGGUCAGCCAAUAUUUAGCUGAACUGGUGAGUUACAAACCAGUGAUGGACCUCAAAAAGAAAGAACAAUGUAGACAGCAGCUGAGAAGCAACACCUGAAGUUGACCUCUAACCCCCCACAGAGCAGUGUGGAUGUACACACACACACACACACACACACACACACACACACACAGCCCAUGCCUUCUUCCUGUCUCAUCAUUACAGACUGACUUGAGAAUGCUCAGAGCAGUUGUUGCUCUGCCCUGUAAGAGAUUCCUCUGGGUGGAAAGGGUGGAGAGCCAUCAAGUCAGAAGGAUCUUCCUUUCCUUGUAACUUUACACAACCUAGCCUCACAAGUACAAAGGGAACUCUCCACCAGGAACCAACCCGGAGAACGUUGGUUUUCCCUGCCAGGCAGCCCCGGGAGUUAAAAGUAGAGAAAUGUCUACUUGUCUAUUUGAAAAGAUAGCCUAUCAUUAACUCUUGACAAUUCAUUUAGAAAACAACUCCACCAGGCCCAGUGUUGUCAGGCUUCAGAGUUUCCAUGGAGACAGUUGUAACAUCUAAAGAGGCUUUAUUAUCGUCCCAUUGCUGGGAGGGGCAUACUAGCACCUAUCUUGUUGGGGAAAAAGAACCUGGGCUCCAGCAGGGACUCCUCAGGACACUUGCUUGGACUUUGUACCAACCUUAUGGGGGAGUUAGUGAGGUCCAUCCCUCCAUCCUGUGACAAGAGAUGUCACCCAGGUAGCUUGAAUUUAGCCACGGUGAAAAUUUUAAUACACUCAGAAUAACUAAGUGUUGUAAAUCGGCCCUUUCCCGCAGAGCUGGUUGUCACCCAUCUACCAGAACAACACUCCCACAUACUUGUUUCUGGGACAAAACUGUCCUGCUUCAGAGUCCAUUUUGUCCCAUCUCACACAAAUCACCGCAAUCACUUCUAUAGCUCUGCUAGGAAGAGCAGCUGUAUCUACCCUCUGUUGUCCCAACACUCAAAGUGCUAGGGAAGUUCAAAAUCAAGCAGGGAGCCAAGACGGCAUGCACCAAAUAAUCUCCCCCUUCACACAAAUACUGUUAAAGUUGGGCAAAAUAGGAGUGGUGACCCAGAGGGAAUGGUCAGCAGACAGGCAGAGGUAAGGAGGGACAUCCUCCUCUCCCAUGUUGGCUUGGAGGGAGAGGAACCCUAUCAGUCCUUUCUCUGCCUGCUCUGUGUUGGCAACAUAUCGCACCCUGAGUUGCACCCAGAUCUCGCUGUCCCUUCCGUAACUAAGAAGCAGGAGCUGCCACCCACGACGCCACUUAUCUGGAAGGAUGUAUGCUGUAAUUUUCACUAUGCCUCUAAAACUGCUUACCAUCUAAUAAAAUCCGCUACGUUGGCAUCAUGCCACCGACAGGAACCCCAGAUAAGCUCAUUGAUGGAGAGUUUUCAUUAUCACUUAGGCACGGGCUUGAAAACCCAAGGGAAUUGAGAAGGAAGCAGCUCCAUUGGCAGUGAGCACCAGCCAAUGCCCCGGCGAUUGCCUCCCCAUACAAGUUUAUAGCCAGUCUGCACAUCUCUAAAACACGCCCCCUGAGGUCACUGCUUCCACCUGCGUGAUCUACCUCAUUCUGGCAAUUUAAUUAAUCAAACAACAUGUGAUUUUCUCAGGUGUGAGGUAUAUGAAACAGGACUCCGUCCCCCCAAGGUGAAAGGUCUCACUGACUUGCUUGACUCCCGCUGGUUUUUGGAGUCACCUUCACAGCACUUGGACUUGAGGGCCACUGGGCAGGUGAAACCAUUUUGUGAAGCUCGGGAGUAGUGCUGACAGAGGAGAAGCCUCUUCCAGAUCCCAAAUCCACUCAGAGGGCUCAGUUCCGGCCUCACACACACGGCUUGCCUUUUAUCAUCUCUCUGCCCCGAUCUGCCUUUUUCUUGCAUCCCCUUCUAGGAGGUCAGGAUCUCAGAAGCCUGGGGCCCUUGGGCAUAGAGGAUGCUUGCUGAAUGGCACACUACUGGUGUCUGGCUAGCUCCCCUCCCAUAGACAGUUGUCUGCAUUCAGCUGGGAGACAAACAGGGCUUGGUGACCUCCUUGGCUUGUUUCCUACUGUGUUUUCUUCCAGGGCUCAGCUCAGGCUCCUGUCACUCUGAGCAAUAAAACUCUUGCCUUGCAUUUGUGAGAUACGUCUUGUUUUGUUUUUUCAUGUGUCUCUCUCCUCGAGAGAAGGUAGACAGAAUAGGGCCAAGCUCGUGUGUUCAUUGUCACUCUUGCCCAGGCUUAGAGGCAGGUAGUCAUCAGCGCUUGGCUGUGAUGUGGCUGUUGGAUGGACCCAAAGACGGUGUGUUGUCAGGAUUUGACCUUAACACAGGGUUAAGUCAGUUGCCCAAUUUCCCUGAGGAUAUUCUUUAAAGUGCCAGAAAAAACUCUUGGAUCAGCUCACAUCCUCCAGCCCAUGAACGACAUGGGGAAAGAGCUGGAGACUGUGAGGUUCCCAUUACCUUCCUGAGAAUCUGAGGGUCUGAAUGGCUAUUAAACUCCCCCAUCCCCACUGUCACCAAGGGACGUGCUUCAGUACUUCCUGGGUUCCCCCUUCAGAUGUGAAUUCAGGCCAGAUGGCAGGACUUGGGAUUUUGUGAUCUAUGUAUUGGUAUGCAGAUUCUGUGAUCUAUGUAUUGGUGUCCAGGCAGCUGACUCAGAUGAUAGCUCACCUUCAGAGACACUACAUACAGGGUUAGUGUUUUAGGUGCUGAGGACUCCUUGUCAACCUGCAUUUUCAAGAAACUUCAAAACUUUGGACGACUAUCUCCAUGAGCAUCAGUAGUGUGCAACAUCCCCCUCCCCGACCCCAUGAGUCCAAGUGAGGCUUCUCAGUCCCUGGACCCUUAGGAUUUGCAUGGGGAUGAUGUGCAGAACCUUUGGUGAGGAGAGGAUUUGAAGCUCCACUUUGUUCCUGCAGGCUCAGCAGAUGAAUCUGUGUGGAGCGGGAUCCUGCCUUGUAAGUUUCCCCGCCCUCCCUGGCUGCUGCCACUUCCACUAGGGCUUUUCCUGCCUUCCUUCAGGCGCUGUGUUGUGUGGUCAAAGGCCUCUUCAGCUCCUUCCCCACACACAGAGGGAAGUGCAGGAGCUGGACACUUUGGGCAGUCAGCUUCCCAGGAGGGAGGAGCCAUGGGUCCUAAGGAAUGGAACUGCCCAACUUCAGUGAUCUUGAAUUUAGAGAGGGCACAGCUGAAACUGAGUGUGGUUUCUGUCAGCCUGACUCAGACAUCAGAAGUCAAGGCCUGCUCAGUGACGGAGGGCCAGGGAAUGGGCUGCUGCAAUGACGUGCGGAGUGGUGGGUGGCAGAACUGGAGCUGAGCAAGAGUGACAGGCAGUUAUGAGUUAUGUGGGAGUGCUCACCUGUCACCCCACAUUUCUGUAAGCCAGAGCCUCCUGUGCCAGGUCUCUGGAGAAUACGAGUAUCUACGUGGGCCUAGGUGAAGGGUGUUGCUCAGCCCUGUUAGCCAGAGGCCCUGGAAGACUUUGCAGAGGCAGUGAGCUUUGGGCCAGAACUGCUGCGACAAAGGGUGAGACAUAGGAGAUGUGGACAAGCCUGGGGAAGGUCCAGUAGGGUGGGGCUUAGUGUGCAUUUAGAAACACUGGGCGGGGGGUCUCAGAAGUGGGCAGUAACUCCUAAGACACAGGGAACGCCAUCUGUGGCCAACAGGAUGCAUGUUCUUAAAGUCAGAACAGCAUAGAAAAAGGGAGAAACGUGGACAGAUAUUUAGCUAUCCCAAAAGAGAAGAAUGAAAAAGCAGGAAGAAAAAAAAGAAGAAAGGGAAGGAAGGAUAGAGAGGGAAAAGGUGAAAGGAACUGCAUUCAUUUUGAGGGGAGUGACACGUAUUCAUUUUAAUUGAAUAUUUUAUUUACUUCUUUACUCACCAUCUAGUCUGUCCCUCCACUUCUUUCCACCCCCUCCCUCCCAACUUCAUGCACUCUUUUUUUUUUCUUUCAACCACUGAGUUCUAAUGGUGUCUCUGGUAUGUGUGGGUGUGUAGGUCUGUCUAUCAGAGCAGGGCAAUCCACUCAGAGACAGACCUCAGAAGAAAACUGAUACUCCCAAAGCAGCCAUCACUGCCAAUAGCUUCUCAGUCCAAGAAUGGGGCUUUGUAAUCCCCUCCCCGAUCCAUGUUGGGAUUUUGACUGGCUUUCUCUUAUGCAGGAGAACGCAGCCCCAGCUGCCAUGACUUCGUGUGUAUGAUGGGUUCCUGUCAUGACCCGAAGACAUCUUUUUGCUGCAGUCCUCCCUACCUCUGGCUCUGCCCAUUUUCCCAUUUCAUCAUUCGUCAAUGAUGGCCCCUGAGCCUUGGUGGAGGAGGCAUCAUGUAGAUGUCUCACAUAUAGAGAGAACUCAAGGUUGAGUACUCUUGGAGUUUCUUACAUUCUGCAGUUUGACCCGCUGUGGGUCUCUGUAUUAAACUCCAUUUACUGCAGAAACAAACCUCGCUGAGGGUUGAAAACAGCUCAAUCAGAAGGUGCAGAGAAUUGAGAUCCUGGAGGUCAAUUUUAAUUACACACACACACACACGCACACACACACACACACACACACACACACACAUAUAUAUAUAUAUCUUUGAGAAUUUUAUAUAAUGUGUUUUGAUCCUAGUUACCCCCCAGUUCCUCCCCUUAACAUCUCCCAGUUCUGCCCCUACCUUCCUACCCCACCCCACAUUUGUGUCUACUUAAAAACAUUUUAAAGCUAUCGGCUCCAAUUUGAGCUGUCCGUAUAUUUCUCGGUGUGGAACAUGGUCAUCAUAUCAGACAACAUGCUUCAAAACUGACUCUCCCUUCUCUGGAAGGCAUAAACUGUCCGUACCUUCUCAGUUAGGGCUGAGGGCUCAUGCGCCACUUCCUGUCCCGGGCUCGAACGCUGGCUGGCUUGAUGUCACACAGACAGCCACAGCUGCUGUGAGAGCGAGCACUGUAGUUCUCUCAUGGCCAGAAGACAUGGUGAUGUCAAUCUGGUUCUCCCCAGCCUCUGAUUCUCAAAUCUUUUAGUUCCCAUGAUGGGCCAUGAGCCUUGGUGUGUGUGUGUGUGUGUGUGUGUGUGUGUGUGUGUGUGUAUGUGUGUGUGUAAUUUAGAUAGCGUGUUUGUGACUAAGCACUCCACACUCAUUUAUUCUCUGCACUUUUCCCACUAACUAUUAUCCACUGCAUAAAGAAACUUCUCUGAUGAGGUCUACAAGCCGCACUCAUCGAUCAAUAGCACAAAUAUAUAAAUUAAGAGGGCAGUUUAAUGCUGUCUCCAUUUAUCAAAAUGAUAAUAUAAAUCUUUAAAAUAACACACACACACACACACACACACACGCACACGGAGCCUGUGAACUCCCCAUCUGUGCAUUCUUGGACAGAUUUGCAGUACCAGGCAUGUGUUUCCUCCUCUAUAGAAGGCCUUAAAUUCAACCAGAAACUGAUUGGUUACCCUAUAGCAUUUGUGACACUGUUGUACAUACCCAAGGGCAAAUCCUGCUAUGUUUGUCUUUAUUAUAGUUAUCAGGGCUCACAGAUGGCUGAGACUGUUGAUGACAUUUUCUCCAGCAACCUACAUAGCACCUUCUAGUAGUAUGAGAGUUAGCCAGCAAGAGAUGAAGCUUCCUGGUCAGUAUUAAUUUGACCAUGUCCUGUGACUAAUGUGAGCAGUAUUUUCAGCAAUAGGGUUCUAUCGUCAAACUCUGGUAGGCAACCAAGCCAACAUUCAUUCCUACUCAACGUUCAUUGCUCUUUUGUUUAUUUGUUCACGUGCUUACUUAUUUAUUUGCUUAUUUUUAAGACAGGUUACCCAGCUGGCCUUGAACUCACCAUAUAGCCCACACUGGUCUCAAACUUGCACCAGAUCUUACAGUGAUCAGCAAUCAUCCUGCCUCAGCCUCCUGGGUGCUGACAUUGCAGGCAUGAGCCACCACACAGCUACGAUUAAGUCCCAAGAGACCAAAUUCAGGUGCCUUCUCCUAGGGCACCUCCUCUGAUGAUAUCCUGAGAGGGAGCAAAGGUGUAUCUUCAUUUUCUCUAGGUGAGCAUUACACAGUUAGCAUCCAUGCCGGGUCUGAGGUAUACUGCUGCCAAUCCUCAGGAACAAAUGAAGAACUGACAUAGCCUAGGGUACCAUAACACAGUCGUGGUGCAAAGGCUGUCUUCACACUUAUUAGACAUUCCACACCCUCACCUUCCUUUGCAGGAAAGACGAAUAGUUCAUUCCUGCAAUGUGUCAUGUAAACACAUACUUCACAUUUAAAAGUCAAAUGUGACUCGAACCAAUAGCAGCAGGGCUCUGUUUUAUCACACACACCCACGUUUAAGGAUUUUUUUUUUUUUUAUAAAGGAAUUGAUAUUUUAGAGUCAAAAGCCUAUUGUACCCCUUGGAUGUAUAUGGUCUUAGGAACACCCAUGUCCCCUCACACAAGCCCAGGAAGUCUGCAUAGUCACCAUCUUACGUAUUCCCUAGUACGGAAGUAGAGAUCUUAUCAUGAUGGUCUCAAAGGGCUUAGAAUUCCUUUUUGGAGACAGGCAGUCCCAGGCUUCAACUACACUCCACAGCACCCAACAAGAACAGGUUUAGGGUAGAAAGAAUCAGAGGCCAUCGCAAUGACAUUCCUGCAAUGUAUCUGAGUGAAUGGAACCAGAUCAUAGUAAUUGCUCUGGCUGGUUAAAAUCCCUAACACCCAAUCCCCAAAUCCCCAGCCUCCCAUUGCCUUCCUUCGGCUCCUCUGUUGCCAAACCUUUACUUGAAUUAUUAAUAGUAACCAACUCGCCCUGCUUGAGGAAGCUUCGAAUGCCAAGUUUCCUUGCAAACUGAAAUGAUUCCAAACCUCAACAAUCCUGGUUUACAAGAAGUGUGUAAAUACAAUCUCUCCUGAAGCAUAGGGGCAUUCAUGGGAUCUGGUGUCCCGCCAAUCCCAUCCGGGUCCCCUGCAGGAAACCCAGUUGCUCUGAUUUGCAAGUAGCAAAUCAAAAAGGUACCUCACCUUGCCCUCCCUGCCACCUGGGGCAGUUUACUCGAUGCUGAAUGAAUCACAUUCUUUGUUUAGGCACCUCUGGGAGGAGUUGAAACCUUGCAUCUAAAUGUGGACUUCUCAUUUGGGGAGGAUGCUCUUGGGUGGCUCUAACUCUCCCUCUGGUGUUGUGUCCUGUGUGGUGGAUGAGAACAGAUGCUAUCAGCCAUGUUCAUCCUUCCUCCCCAAGCAAGCACAGCAGAAUGAUCUUGCCUUGUAUCCCAUAGAAGCAACAUCAUUUCUUGCGGAUGAGAGGCGAGCUGGUGGAAGGCCCCUGCUAGCAGGCCAUUCUGAAGGAUCCUGGGCACCAGGGCACCGACAACCAAUGCUUUGCACCCCUGUGUUUUCAUAUAUCUCCUUUGUUUUUGAUAUCCACAAAGGAGGGUGGGGAGGCUCGUAUCAUUCAUAGCUUGAGGCAUCCAGAAAGUGGCCAGUAGAUGACGCAAGGGUCCUCACGGCCGGGAAACAACAAGUGUGUCCAGCAAGGCUGAGGCUAGACUCCUACAAGGGAAUGCACUUCAUAUCUUAACAUUUCAAGAAAACUUUAAAAUUUAGGAAAAUAAAAGAUAUUUCUGGCGACGUUUGAUUGGGGUCCCCACGGUAUAGCAUUCCUCCCCAGGAGAUUCUUAGGAAGACGAAUGGAAGCUCAUGUGUUUGCAGAGUCAAUGCCCCUCCCACCAGUGUGCAGGCCCGUGAGUGCAUACUACAUAUGGUGGAGGUUCCACACAAACAGCUGAACGCUGAGCGUCAAAUGGAGCAAAAGCUUAGUGUCUUACGUCAUUGUAGUUUUAACGUUGCUUUCUAAUUUAAUGAAUGAAACUGUGACUCCAUUUAUUCUUAAGUGAAGUAUCACUACUCUCUCUCCCAAUGUGGCGACAUUUACCUUCCCUGUGACGCACCUGCCUACAGCUGUAUUCUACUGGAACGAAACUCGAGAGAGAUUUGAAUCCAAGGCCAACGCUGCCUGCUCUGUUUACAAAGGCUUGUGUUUUGUGAAUAUAUAUCAAAUGUUGUAAUAUAUUUUUAUGAUAGAAUUGAUGGUUAAUACAAGGGAAAUAUAUAAAUAUAUAUUGUGAUUCUGUCCAAUAAAGAUACCUGUU